AAUAAUACUUUUUGUGUAGAAUAAACAAAAUGGCUACCUCCAUAACAGUAGAGGGAGAAAAUAUUAGUGAAAUAGAUUCUUUACUUGAGAUUUCAUCUCAAUUUUUUGAAAUGGUCCCUGUUCGAAAAAUGAAAUGGAAGGAUGAUGAAGCGGCUCUUUUGUUAUCCAACCCAGAGCUUCAAAAACAUCUUCUGUUAGCUACAGUCAAACAUCCUGUUUGUGUGAAAUUUCCACCUUCACUUUCUUAUAUGCGGAGCUUUAUGAAAUUAUUAAUUUACAAGCUGGAAUCUGAAGAUGCCAAUAUUUGUGAUGAAAUGUAUGAAGCUUACACAGAUCUGUUAUCUGGUAGUGAAGAGGAUGAUGAGACACUCUGCUAUAAAUCCUACAGAAUGCCUUCAGGAGAUUGUAUAUCUCUCCGAGAAUCAGUCCAUCUUGUUUCUCAGGGAACUACUGGUUUGAGUACUUGGCAGGCAGCACAACAUUUAGCAGAAUGGGUUCUAGAAAAUCCACAAACUUUCACCAAUAAAUGUGUUACAGAACUGGGCAGUGGGCUGGGGCUUACUGGGAUAAUCACCUGCAAGUCUUGUCAGGUGCAGAGCUAUGCAUUCACUGACUGUCAUGCGCAAGUCCUCUACCUGCUAUCCAAGAACAUUGAGUUGAAUCUUCUACACAGCAGCUCUUCAAGUACUUUAGACUCAGGCUCCACUGACAGGGACAAAAAAAUCAUGCGCAAAAUAAGGAAACAGUUAAGUCUUUCUUCUGAACCCCAAGGCUCUGCAGUGAGUGACAUUGAGUGGGGGGAAACCUCUCAGACAGAUGAUUCAUUAAGUAUGCAGCUAGAGGAUAUUAAUGAUGAUGGCAUUUACUCAGAUCCUGUUGAAUUGGAUGUUAAUGCCAGCGUUUGGGACAUUGAUUCAUCCCACCGACUGGCAACUUUUAAAAGUGAUAAGCGUGUCAGCAUAAGUCACCUUGAUUGGGAAUGUGUCAAAGGAAAGAUUUUAGAAAAAUUAAAAUCAGAUAUUAUUCUUGCAGCAGAUGUCGUGUACGAUACCAGUAUAAUACCUUCCCUAGUUUAUGUUUUAAAAAUUUUAUUAGAUCCUGGCUCAAAUAGCAAUAAAAAGCCUCAAGCUUAUAUUGCAUCUACAAUACGCAAUGAAGACACAAGAGAUGCUUUUCUUAUUGCAAUAGGCAACGAAGGCUUAAACUAUAUGGUUGUUGAGUCUCCAAAGCAACAAAGGUUUCAUUAUGAUCGUUCUGUGCCCAUAGAAAUUCUGCAAGUUUCAGCCUAGAAAAGGAUGUUAUAUUUUAGUAUUCAGUAACUUAGACAAUGAAUGAGCAUUUAAUCUGGCCUGUUGUUAUUUUGGAUUCUCUCUACCUGUUGACCAGAUAUGAAGUUAUUGCUUGCUCAGUACAUUCAAGAAUGAGAUUCCUUAUCUCUUAUUAUUUUUACAUUGAAUGUUUUUUUUUUUUUUACACUUUUUUGGUAUGAUGCUAAACAAAUUGAAUAUGCAAAGUAUUGACUCACUGAUUUAUACCAGUACAUCAUGAUAGUCUAGUCUUACUUGAUCAACUGUGUCUACAUAGCAUUGAUGUGCCUGAAUGUAUUUUUUUUGAAGUUUCAGAAAGUAACCAGGGACUUCUCUUUUAAUGUUAAAUAAAAGCUAUUAACACACUUUAUGUGAAUGUAA